GUGGGAGUAACUAGGAAGUGAUGUCGGUUACUAGGGGACACUGGGGGAAAGAGCAGAGGCGAGUUUUCUGCUUUGAGACUCGAACCAUCGAGUGAUUCGAGCAAACAUCGAGUGACGGCAGCAGGCUUCACCUCCAGCAGGGUCUAUGGCUCUGCCGACGCUCUCGGCCCAUGUACCCGGCCGCUCCCGGGCGCUGGCCGGUCAGAUGGCCCGGCAGCGGGAGCAGGAGGCCCGGUGUCGGCAGCAGUGGGAGCAGCAUGCCCGGUACUUCAGAGAGCAGAGUGUCUGCAGCCAGAGGCAGGCGGCGUGGACCUCCGGCCAGUCCCACCAGCGGAGUAUGUCGUCAUACUACAAACAGAGAGUGAAGGAGGAGAAACAGGCCAGCCUGGAGCGGCGCAGGAACCUGCUGAGGGCCAUGCUUCAAAAGGAACAAGAGCAGCUGGAGGCUGAGCUCAGAGAAGUGGUACCUGACAGGGCAACACUGGCAAAUCAGCUGGUGCAAAAAGCCGAGGAGCUUCGCACAGCCAGAGAUGAGAGAAGGAAAAAGCUUGCACAAGAGCUGUUGAAGGAGCACUGGAAGAAAAACAACCCAGAGUUGCGAGAGGUCGAGUCAGCAUUACAUAAAGAUCAUGUUGUCAGCCGAUGGCAGGAGCAGAUAUCUGAGAAGACCCAGCAAGAAGUGGCAGAGCAGGAGGAGACGAGGCGCUUCGAAAAUGAGUAUGAACGCACCCGAAAAGAGGCUCUGGAGCGGAUUAGACAGGUGGAGGAGAAAAGGAAAGCAGAGGAGCGCAAGAGAGGAGAAGACCUUUGCAAACAGAUGGAAGAACUGAAGCGGAGGGAAGAAGAGGCCACUCGUCUAAAGAAGGAGCAAGAGGCUCUGCUGGUGCAGCAGUGGGAGCUGGAGAACUUGGAGGAGGAGAGAAGGAAGGUGGAGGAAAGACGAAAGAAGUCUGAGAUGGGGUAUUUCUUGAUACGUCAAUACCGAGCUCAGUUGAAGAGAAGAGCGCAGCAAGUGCAGGAGGAACUGGAGGCCGACCGUAAGAUCCUGGCAGCCUUGCUGGAAGGAGAGCACGAGGACAGGAGAAUGGAGAGCACACGAAGGGAGAGGGCUGUCGCUGAUGCUGCCUGGAUGAAACAAGUGAUUGAAGAGCAACUUCAGUUGGAGCAAGAACGGGAGGCGGAGUUUGACAUCUUGCACAGAGAAGAAGCUCAGCGUGUAUGGGAGAAACGAGAGGCCGAGUGGGAGAAGGAGAGGAAAGCCAGAGAAAGACUCAUGCAUGAGGUGCUCGUGGGCCGACAGCAGCAGUUGGAGCAGAAGGUGCAGAAGAACCGCGAGGCUCAGGAAGAGUUACUGAUGAGACGAGAAGAGUUGAUCCAGGAGCUGGAGCAGGAGAAGGACAUCAGACGUCAGGAGAAGGACAGUGAAGAGGGUCGCAAGACAGCAAGGAUACAAGAGUUAAAUGCUCAGGUGGAGCAGCAGCGUCAAGAGCAUUGGGAGGAGCAGUGCCAGAAAGAGCAGGACGAGGAGAGAGACAGGGAGGCCCUGCGUAUCCAAGAGGAGGAUCUGAGGCUGGAGAUGCUGAGGAUCGCCAAGAAAGGCUACCAGGAGAAGGUUCACAGCAGACCUCGAUCCGCAUGGACAUGAGCAACGUGAGAGUAUGAAGUUAAAACAGAUUUGUAUGUUAUGUAUUUUUAAAGAUGUUAAUAUCCUUAAAGGAUUUGUUCAAAUUGUUUUUUAAGCGUGUCUUAAAACAAAACUCAAAUGCCAAAAUGAAAACACUAACAGUAAAUGCUGACAUUGGGCGAGAGGCGUAUCACAGAAACAACCUUUCACAUGUGUUCACACCUAUUGGUUCCAUAUAAACUAAGCACCAGAAUGGAGAUGAACAACUUUAUCAAUCUGUAACUGUUUUGAUAAACGCAUCAUGUUCGUACAGAAAAGUGAAUCUCUCCUUGAAUGUCUUAUAAAGAAGUGAACCAAUCAUGUAGACUGUGGGGCCAUUGUUCCAUCUUGAUGUUAAUAAUCCAGGGCCGGUUGUUUGCAUUUGUAGCGAAGAACAAAGUUUCAUUUGCACUUUUGGAGCUCUUCAAGGAGUAUAUAUAUUUUAUAUCCUGAUCUUUUUUUUUUUACUUUUGAUUAAAAAAAAAAACAAUGUUCCAAACAAAUCAGUCCAGUGUUUUCUGUCAAGGAAUCAAACAUGAUAAAACAGGAUGUAGUUAUAAAUUAAGUUUAUUUAGAAAAUAGUUAUUUUUCCAAAGUCUGACUUUGAAAUUCAUUCAAUGAAAUGACCUUGCUCAGAUUACAGAACGACGAUGAGACACUUGGGUGAGGAGGAAUCCUGGGAAGCACAUUAACAGGGCAGCUGUCUACAGCUCCAUCCCACAUGUUGCACAUUAAUACAAAAACUAGCAGCAACGGAACAGAGCACACAACACAUGGACGUAGGUACAGUAUGGCUCUUAGCUCUAUAUAUGCUGUAACCUCACCAACACUGCAAUGGCACAUGGGAGCCCAGAAUACAGUGCAGUCUUUAGCCUGUUAGAGACACACCAAAUCAUUACAACAUCCUGGUUCUGGUUAAGAUCACAACCUGCCUCCUAAACAAGUUCACUGACAAGUCAAAUGUCUCUGUGAACAGUGCCCUGCACACUGGGCUACACUGGGACAGGGGACAAAUGGUAUAAAUGGCUUUUUUUUUAAUGCAACAAACAUUAGCAUUGCAAAGUGUGAUGUAAUGAAGUUCCCAAUAUUUAAUGUAAGUUACCUAAUUAUUCUGUUUCUGAAGAUUAAACUUUACAGUAUGAUGA